AUGGAUAAAAAAAAUGCUGCUACUUGGGACUAUCUUGAAGAAAAUAAAUCACGUUUACAAAAACAUAUUUCAAUCAAUGAUGAUUCUUUGCAUGCGAAAUUCACAUAUAUCUUGAUCGAGAUACUUCACUUCUGUCGUUUUUACAACUUAAAAAAUCUGGUAAAGAAAUAUGAAAAGAUCUCGAAGGAGAUUGAUGAUGCUCAAGACAAAGACCAAUUUGUGAUCGAUCUUUCGCUAAAAUAUAGUCAAUAUCAGUUCAAACCGCAUCUUUAUGCAGAUUAUCCUAGGUUGUUGAUCAAGAUCGCAGAGUUGGAAUUCUAUUACAAAGUGAUAGGAGAUAAAGCAAAAGAAAGAAAAGUUUCUAUGCCCGUACGUAACAAACAGACAAAGAAUCAAGUUAGACGACGACUACCAAGAUGGAUAAACAAGGAAUUCAAAUCGAUAAUUAAACAAGAGUAUGAUCUCAAAGACGUACAACGACGAAUUAAAUUAGAUCAUCCAACUCUUUACGAAGAGUUUUCACAAGCAGUAGUGUCUGUUUUAGUGGAAUGUGAAAGAUACAAGAUGAAAAAAACAAAUCAUGUUUAUGUAAAAUAUCAAAAGAUGCGUGAUGAUAUUUUUAAAGCAGAAGACAAAAACCAAUUAGUAAAAAAUUUAGCAAUGUCAUCAGAUUUUUACAAAUUUGAUCCAUGUUUAUUUCGUUACAAACCAAAAUUAAUUCGACCAAUAUUCGUAUUAGAAAUGUACUUUAAAGAACUUUCAGAGCAAAUUAGUGUUGAAAGACGUAAACUUUUAAAAAAAUUAAUAAAAUAA